UUUUUCAAAAACCAGUGCCUCCAUUAGAAGAGGCUCUCAAACAAAUUCAAGAAUCCAACUUAAAAUCACAAGUAUCCUCUUCUUACAGACCAACUAUAAACUUGAGAUCCAUUCCUGCCUGUCCAGCUGUCUCCACAUCUGAUUCCUACUUACCUGAUCACCUGCCUUCCUCACGGGCCCCAUUGCUAUCCCACCAAUCCCAAAUUCUUCCAAGCUAUCCUACUGUUUCUCCCACUCGCCAGCCCUUUACCCUGCCUAUCCAUCCAUCUGUUCCCUCUACUCUUUCGAAGACCUUUUUACCAGGCCCAUUAUUGUCCUACCCAAUUAAAUAUCUUCCUCGACCUCCAGCCCCAGUAACUCCCAGCUUUUCUAACAGUUUUCCUUUCCUACCAGCCCCAAUUCCUUGUGGCCCACCUGACCAUUUACCACAGCCACCCCGAAGUUCCCCAACCAUUUCUGAUUCUGACUCACAUAGCAAGUUAUUUUACAAAACUUUCAGGCGUAAACAUUUCCUUCCAGCACAACUUUCUACCUCAGCCACUCGAAUGCCUCCCCUUGUUCGCCGUUCCCUUCCAGCUCAACUGGUUGUUUCCCCAAUCCCUUUGGAAACUUUCCCAGCUUUGAAGCCUUCCAGUUUAUCCAGUCAUCCCCCUCAUCAAUUUGUCCCCACCCUUUCUCAUGUUGCUCCAUUGCCAGAACAUUCUGCUAGCUUAGAUUCUUUCCAGUCAGUCCAGCAAUCUGUUCCACAAACCACAUUGUCAAAUCUGCCCCAGGCUAUUGCAGACCAUCCACCUGCCUCUCUUCUCUGCUGUCCACCUCCCUAUCAUUCUCCAUCCCCUUCUUUGUCUUCAUCUCCUUCUAAUUCCUCAUCCUCUUCUUCACCCUCUGUACAGUUUUCUUCCUCUUCAUCCUUGCCUGCUUCUCCUUCAUCUUCCUCUCCUAUCUCUCCAUCCCUCCCUCCCUCACCUAUCCCUCUUUCUUCCUCAUCUUUGCAUUUAACUCCCUCUCGAUGUUUUCUUCCAACUUACUUAGAUUUUCCCUCUCCAAUUCCUCCUGAUUCUUCUUCCUUUAUAAUUUCUUCUUCCUUUCCCCCCAUGCUUCACUCUCCCUUUCUUUCUACCUCCCCAUCUCCUUUUAUUCCUAUUCAUCCCUUCAAUACUCCUCACUGGGGGAAGAAUGUAGAGAAGAGAAGAAAAGCAAGUGGAGUAGAGAAGAAAAUAAAGAAGAAAGAGUUGAGAGACGACAACUUUAAAGAGCUAUAGAUAAUGCCUUGACUUCAUCACUAUCAAAAAAUGAUCAGAAACAUCUCUUAUCCAAAAUCAAUUGUGAUAAAGAAGUGAAGGAAAAUAGCAGGAUACACUUGCCUACUAAAAAGGAUGCAUUCCAGCUUAAACUAAUGGAAACUCAGAAACUCCUAGAAGAUCAACAUCUAAGGAGUUUGCAAAAAUUUUGUGAUGAAGUUAAUCAGAUAACAAAUUCGGAAACCCUCUCAAGUAUAGAUAGUCUUGAAGCUGGAGAACAUGAACAAAUCUAUUCAACGCUUACUAAUAAGGAGCCUCCCACAACAGUUCAGGAAAAUUCUGUUUUCCUCAAAUCAGCAAAUCUACGGUCAGCUAAUCUAGAUUGCUUUGAUAAAGAUAAACUGUCAUUCUCUAAAACUCAACAUAUAAAUAAUUGGCUAAAAAAUUUAGAUAAUCCAAAUACUCAAACUGACAUACCUUUCUCAGAUAUUUUAAGUAAACCUAAUGUUCUACCUUCAGGGGAAUGUUUUAAUAGUAAAGAACAAAAUCCAUCUGCUCUAUGUAGAGCUAUGGAAGAAACCACAAAUGCUAAUAAUAUAUUAGAUUUUAUAUGUAAUUCACCCAUAUUUAUACCCAAUGAAAAAAUCAAAAAGACCUCUGAAACCAGCACUGUAAGGGCAGCUAACUCCUGUUCUAGGGCAUUCAAAAGAGAGAGACCAGCAGUUACUGAGAGCCCAACAUUUAAAUGCAGCAAAGCCUGGGGCACUCCAGAUCCUCUAACUCAAGAAAUGGCUACAAUUUCAGACCAAGUGAAAUAUUCUGAAUUAACUCAAGAAAAUAGAGCUACUUCAAUUCCUACUUCAUUUGUACCUGUGGCAUCUUUAGUUUUGCCAUCUAAUACACAAUCAACUGAACCUUUACCAAAGAACAUUAUACAUAUGAACAAAACUGACCCAGUACAGUGUUCUGAUAAUUUAGGAGAAUUGAAAGAUGAUAAAAAGAUAAAAUGUUUUAAUUCUAAAAAGGAAGAGUUGCCUUUAUUUUCAGACAAUUUUCUAGCUGCCUGCAUACCUCACAACUCUGAUAAAAAACAGAAAAUAACUGAAACAUCAACAUUAUUAUCUAAUGUAAUCUCUAAUUAUGACUUAGUUGGUCAGCAAAAGAAAAGAAAAUACAAUAUUGAUGGAAAAAGUAGUGUGAGGUUUCUUAAAAGUAUUUUAAAAAAAGAAUCUAAAUAUGAACAUGAUUCUUUUAAGGCAUUAGUUAUAAAUCAAGGCUUUAAGUUAAGAAAUCAAAAAGCAGAAGCUAUCAGAGAUAGUAUUGAAUUAACAAAAGAAAAAGGGGGAAAUGCAGAAAUUCCAAAGACUAUUAAAAAACUGAGAUGGGUUGAUGAAACUGAAUAUAAUCAUUCACUGAAGAAUGGACUAGAAAUAUCUCAACAGUGGUCUCAGUCAUUCCACACUCAAACUAAUAGUGGUGUUUCCAACAACAUAAUCAGUGUUCCUGCUUGUGCUGUAAAUUCUGCUAAUAGAAAAAACCCCAAGGAUGAUUCUAUCUCUGAAAAUCUGGCUGCUUCAGGAGAAUCUAGAACAAACCAUGUGUCUUUGAACUGUUUUAUACCUUCAGCUUUUAAUAUUGCUAAGCAAGCCUGGCCAGCCUCAGAAAAAGAGGAAAGUAAAUCUCCUAUACAUAAUAGUGAUUCUAAAACUCAGAAAGCUAAUGUACAAAGAGGUAGAGAAAAGGUAAUUAGAACAAAAUCUGCUCAAGUCCAAUCAGGAUUUCUAUAUACAAACAGAAAAGGCACUGUUAUUCGAGCACAAUCUGCAAACAAAGCUAACACAUUUUUACAACCUCAGGGUAAAUUAGUACCUCAUCCUCCUAAAACUCCACCAAAUAUUAGGAGUGAUAAAAAUACACAAGUAUUUCGGUGUCAAUCAGAAAUGCCUGAAAAUUCUCAAAACAUUAUUACAAAUAACUAUUUUACUUCGAAACAUGUGCUUCCAGCAGAACACAAGAUGAAUCAAUGGAAUAAAGUAUGUGGUCUUCCACUCUCACAUGUUUGUUCCAACUCAAUCCCUGUGAUGCCAUCUCUACCAUAUUGUUCUGAGUGCCAAACUUUAGCAAAAACAAAUCAUUCAAAUGGCACUCAAAUCAUUGCCCAGCAGGAUGGAACAUUAUAUUGCACACAAAGAUGUCCUGUUUAUGAAGAAAGUCAGCACUCAGUGGCUUUUAGACCUACUAAAGAAGAAUCUGUUCCCUCGUGGAAAAGAUGGCAUAAUAGUCUGGGUCAAAAUGAAAAGGCUGCUGAUUCUACUAUUAUGAGAAGAAAACGAAUUGUUGAAAAUAAACAAAGAAAUCUUUUAGAGCAGAGAAAACAAAACCUUGGAUCUGUAGGACAGAAGUGCAGUGAGCAAAUGAAUAAUUUUGGACAAAGGGUCCAACUAAGUUCAAGUAAGCCAAAAGAAGCUACACUGGAUACUUCUAAUAUUGAAGAAGUUUCAGACAGUACUUCUGAGUUUUUGAUGGCUGAAAACCUAGUGAAAUCUUCAGUGACUGUGGAUGACAUUCUGUCUGUCAUGAGUAACAAGCAGCUACAGAAAACAAAUCUGGCUUUAAAUAAGACCCAGCAAUUGGACAUCUGUGCACUAUCAGCUGAAGAGCAGAAGGUCCUACAGUCCCUUAAUCGCCUCAAUGAAAGGUUAUUCUAUGUACAAGCAACCAUUUGCAAAAAUCCAUCCAUUAAAAAUGCUUUACAAAUAAUGCCAUUGCUGAACAUGCAGCCAAGGACCAGUCUGUCCCCCAACCUUGGAUCCAGAUUGCACAGAAAAUACUGAUGAAAUGUACCAGUAACUAUUAAAUGAAAUGAAAUCACUAUUUUUUAAAACCUGUAAAUAUAUCAUUUAUUUAUGUAUUUUGUUAUGAUUAAAACACUAUAACCAUAAAAUAAAGGUAAAGUAUAACAUGGGUAAUAGAAAUAAAUUAACUAGUUUACAUUUUUGUUACAAA